CCGGCUCAACGGGACGCGGUGAGAAAGCGGCGGCUGCCGGACGGGCGGCGGGAACACUGGAGACCGGGCGAGGAGGUGGGCCCAGCCCAGCUUGGCCCCGCCCUGUCUCUCCCUAGUCUCCGCCGGCUUCGGUGUGACUUCCCGCAAAAUGCAACCGCGGGCCGCAGGCGUCCCAGCGAUGCUGAACGCCCACCCUUUCCCCGUAGCCCACACAUGUCCGGCUAUGAGCUGCCCGUGGGCAUGUGCCCUGAUAUGUGCCCGGCCGCCGAGCGCGCCCAGCGUGAAAGGGAACGCCGCCUGCACCGCUUCGAGGUGGCACCGGGGUGCCGCUGGGACCCGCCCCGCGCCGAUCCUCAGCGUGCAGUGAAGGAGUACUGCCGACCGGCUGCUGGCAAGUCCCGGCCUCCGCCGAGCCAGCUGCGUCCGCCCUCGGUGCUGCUGUCCACCGUGCGCUACCUGGCGGGCGAGGUGGCCGACAGUGCUGACGCAUCCCGCGCGGAGGUGGCCGGCUUCGUGGCUGAUCGCUUGCGCGCUGUGCGUUUGGAUCUGGCCCUGCAGAGCGCGGGUGACGCCCAGGCGGCGGUGGUGCUGGAGGCCGCGCUGGCCACGCUGCUGGCCGUGGUAGCGCGGCUGGGGCCGGAAGAGGCGUGCGGGCCCGCGGACCCGGUGCUGUUGCAGACCCAGGUGCAGGAGGGCUUCGGCUCCCUCCGGCGUUGCUACGCGCGGAGCGCAGGGCCGCACCCUCGCCAGGCUACCUUCCAGGGCCUCUUUCUGCUCUAUAACCUGGGCUCCGUGGAGGCUCUGCACGAGGUUCUGCAGUUGCCCGCCGCCCUGCGCGCCUGCCCGCCCCUGCGCGUAGCCCUGGCAGUUGACGCUGCCUUCCGUGAGGGCAACGCCGCCCGCCUGUUCCGGCUGCUGCGGACCCUGUCCUACCUUCAGAGCUGCGCCGUGCAGGGCCACGUAGGCCGUGCCCGCCGCGAAGCCCUGGCUCGCCUCGCUCGUGCCCUGAGCACCCCCAAGGGGCAGACCUUGCCUCUGGGCUUCAUGGUCCACCUGCUGGCCCUGGAUGGAGCCCACGAAGCCCGGGACCUGUGCCAGGCCCAUGGGCUGCCCUUGGAUGGAGAAGAAAGAGUUGUGUUUCUGAGGGGUCGCUAUGCUGAGGAAGGGCCACCCCCCGCCGGUACCUGCACCGUGUUGUUGGGAAACAAACUAAGAGGACGCACCCUGGAGGAGGUGGUCAUGGCAGAGGAGGAAGAUGAGGGUGUGCACAGACCCGGGGCCCCAGCAUGAGGGGGUGCAGUCUUCCCUUAGGUUUCUAUUUCCUGAU